UUUCUUCAUUACAAAAUCAAAACUACCCUUUCUGUCUAUUUCUCUCAAUUUUGACCUUAAAAUAAUGGCCACCGACCCCAACCAGAUUCCGGCCUCGAACUCCGAUGCCGACCAAGUCUCCAAGCCCAAGCCCUCCGUCUUCCUCCAGGACAACGAGGAACUCCGCAAGGUUUUCGAACGCUUCGAUGCAAAUGGCGACGGCAAGAUUUCCAUCUCCGAGCUCGAUUCCGUCCUCAAAUCCUUAGGCUCCUCCAUCCCUUACGAGGAGCUCCGCUCCGUCAUGGAGGAUCUCGACUCCGAUAAGGACGGUUACAUCAACAUCGACGAGUUCGCCGCCUUCUGCAAGGAACCGAUGGCCUCCGACGAGGCUGGAGCGUCGGAGCUUCGUGACGCCUUCGACCUCUACGAUCAGGACCAUAACGGCCUAAUCUCCCACUCCGAGCUCCAUCUCGUCCUCAAUCGCCUCGGGAUCAGUUGCUCCAAGGAGGACUGUCAACGAAUGAUCCACUCCGUCGAUUCCGAUGGAGACGGAAAUGUGAAUUUCGAAGAGUUUAGGAAGAUGAUGACCGCUAAUUCGAACUCCAAGGCGGCGAAUCAGAAUGGAACUGCCGCGGCGGCGCCCUAGCCCUAGCUCUAGGUUUUGGUAAGUUCUUAGUAAUUAACCGGGUGAGAGAGGUAACGAACUACGAAGUCGAUUUCUAUCCUUCGUUCCUUUUCCAUUUCUCCUUUCUUUCUUUCUUUUUUUUUUGGUUUCUGUGUUCUAUCCCUUAAUCUGAAUCCGUGUAUUCAUGUAUGAAUCCAAACUGUUCUUGUUUUCUUUUUAUUCGAAAAUGUAACAUGAAAUUCCGGAUCUGCUUCUGUUGAUGUCCCGCCAUUAAUGCCGAUCUUUAAUUUCAACUC